AUGAGAAAAUACAGAAGUUCUCCUCAUGGAGGACAAGAAAACAAUGGGUAUGACGUAGACAAUAGAAGUCCGGUGUAUUAUGGUAACAAUAGUCGUGGGGCUUAUGACGGUACCGAUAGAGGUUUACCGUAUAUUGGAAACGACACAAGUCUGGCGGAUAGGAGACAUGCGUAUGAUGACAGCGACAGAAGACAGGCGUAUGAUGACAGCGACAGACGUCUGGCGUAUGGAAGAAGCGAUAGAAGACAGGCUUAUGAUGAAAGCGACAGAAGACAGGCGUAUGAUGACAGCGACAGAAGACAGGCUUAUGGUGAAAGCGACAGGAGACAGGCGUAUGGUAGAAGCGAUAGAAGACAGGCUUAUGAUGAAAGCGACAGAAGACAGGCGUAUGAUGACAGCGACAGAAGACAGGCUUAUAGUGAAAGCGACAUGAGACAGGCGUAUGGUAGAAAAGAUAGAAGACAGGCGUAUGAUGAAAUCGACAGAAGACAGGCGUAUGAUGAAAUCGACAGAAGACAGGCGUAUGAUGAAAGCGACAGAAGACAGGCGUAUGAUCGAAAUUAUAGAAGUCGGAUGAAUGAUGGAAACGAUAGAAGUUUAGCAGAUGCCCGGAACGGCAGAGGUUUGGCUAACUAUGUAAACAAUAGCAGUUCGGCGUAUGAUUUGAACACUAGAAGCUCUAAACAGGACAAUCAAGGCAAGUCAUAUCAACCAUUUAACGUUGUACAGUAA